ACCGAGGCCCUGACCCAGCUGCUGCGGCCUGCCCUGGGGGACAGAGCGGAGACGCUCAUCCAGGGCCUUGUGGACGCUACUGUGAACCGCUGGGGCGAGGAGGCCCACGGGCAGCUGGGCCUCCAGGGCGUCCACGUGUCCACAGGGCAGGAGGAGGGCCCUGCAGACAGGGGGCAGGAGGACAGCUCUGUGGCUGCCCCUGGCCCCACAGCCUCCCCACAGGGGACCGUCACAUCAAGCCCCAGACCCAACAGCAGCACCAGAAAUGCCAACAGAGAGGAGCAGCCCAGCACAUCAGAGGCUGUCCUCCGUGGGGAUCCCAGUGACACCCCUGCUGUGCACAUCCCCACGGAACACGAGGAGCCCCACAAGGAGAUGGAGCAGGCAGCAGCAGCAGGUCUCUCUGCCGAGGGCAGCAGCCCCUCUGCUCCUGGCCACUCGCCUGGGAGGGCCCGGCGGCCCCGUAAGAGGAGGGCUGGCAGUGAGCUGGACCCACAGCAGCCCUGCAAGAAGCCACCCCCUCGGAAGCAUUAGCAGGGAUUUCACUUAAAUGAUUUGGUUUUGCUUAGGAGGGGCUCAGAAUAGAUCAAUGAAGAACACCCCCCUCUAUAAGAAAUUUUAGAAGAAGAAUAUACCCAUUCUAAUUACCAUCAUCAUUAGACGGGUAUAUUUGGACUGGACACUGUGUUUUAACAUCUUAUAAGAAACACUGACGUGAAACACAUGUGUACCCAUUCAUCCUGAAACCCCUUCAAAGUGUCAUGUGACAACUUUAAAUCAACUAUAGCGAAUCUUCAGACAACAAUUAAUAAAAGAAGCAUGCAGAUAUAAGACAGGACAACAGCCAAAGUUGGCAUCAAUUCUGGAAUUGCAUCUGUUAUGCAGACAUACUCUGGUCUGCAGAGAUUUCGAGGAACAAAAAAGAGAACAAGGUGGACAAAUGUGAUGUAUUCAAUCUUUACAUGGAAAGAAAAAAAAAUAAAUGACUGUUGUUCAGACUCUGAUGUGCUUACUCAUACUUAAUACUAUUUUCUCUGUGCAAAGUUCAAUUCAAUAGCAGUACUUGCAGAAUGUUAUUCAGCAUGAGAGCAUCAAAACUGGUUCUGAAAAACAACUAUGUGAAAGGUACUCGAAUUGCCAGUAAGGAAGCCAUACUCCAACAACAGGAGGACAGCUCUGUGGCUGCCCCUGGCCCCACAGCCUCCCCACAGGGGACCGUUACAUCAGUGCCCGGACCCAACAGCAGCACCGGAAAUGUCAACAGAGAGGAGCAGCCCAGCACACCAGAGGCUGUCCUCCAUGAGGAUCCCAGUCACACCCCUGCUGUGCACAUCCCCAUGGAACACGAGGAGCCCCACAAGGAGACGGAGCAGGCAGCAGCAGCAGGUCUCUCUGCCCAGGGCAGCAGCCCCUCUGCUCCUGGCCACUCGCCUGUGAGGGCCCGGCGUCCCCAUAAGAGGAGGGCUGGAAGUGACCUGGACCCACAGCAGCCCUGUGGCAGUUUCUGAAUAUCUCCAGAGAAGGAGACACGACAACCCCACAACCUCUCUGGGCAGCCUGUUCUAUUGUUCUAUCAUCCUCAAAGGAAAUAACUUUUUCCUCAUGUUCAGAUGGAACUUCGCAUAUUCCAGUUUUUCCCCAUUGCCCCUUGUUCUGUCACUGGGAACCGCUGAAAACAGUCUGGCUACACCCACUUCUCUCUCUUUCAUUGGUCAUUAUAAGCAUUAAUAAGAUCCCCCCUCGGUCAUCUCAGUGCUGAAGAGUCGCACAUCUCCUUCCCUUUCCACAUAUGAGCGAUGCUCCAUGUGCAUACAGAGGAAUGCAAAGUGCUGCUCCCCACGUGCAGACACACGAAUGCAGUGCUGCUGGGGUGAGUGCAGUGAGGUCACAAGGACUGUGGUGACAUCACUGAGCAACAGGCUGUGAUGCCACCGAGCUUUGGGCGCUGGCAGAGCCUGGCCCAGUCAGUCUCGUGCCUGGACUCCUGCCGAGCGAGUGUGUGAGGCUUGGAGGUGGAGCGAGGAUUUUGCUUGUGUGUUGGGCUGUGCUUUGGGGACUGCUGGCAGCUGCUCUCAGUGCCCAUCCCUACAGCCAUCACCUGUAAUCCCCUGGCCUGCCUGGCUCAGGCAGCCGGGGCCCCACAAAGUGCACGUGCAGCAGCACAGUGCUCAACUUUCAACACUGAGGCACUGGUGAGGGAAAGCAAUUCAUCUUCAUUCCCCAUCAGGCCACAGAGUGAAGACCAUGGCAGCAGAGGAGGCAUGGACAUGUCCUAUCUGCCGUGACGUGCAAAAGGACAUUGCCUACGCAGUGCCGUGCCGUCACGAGUUCUGCCUCGGCUGCAUCCUGCGGUGGGCCAUGCAGAAAGAGACCUGCCCACUCUGCAGGACGAUAAUGACAGUCGUUAAGGUUGCUGCGUGGGAUGACGAGGACGACCUGGAUUUCACCAUCUCUCCCCCAGCACCACCAUUACCUGCCUGCUUCCAGGCUGGCAUCGCCUACAUCUACCGCCGCCAGCAUGAUGUGCCAUCCCCUCCAGAGGAGCAGGAGGAUAUGGAGGCAGAGGAGGGGCCUAUGGUGGGCGGUCUCCUGCUGGAGGUCUGGGCAGCCCUGUUCAGGCAGCACCCGGAGAUCCUCGACCCUGUGCUGCCAUGGCUGCGCCAGGAGCUGCGAGCCAUCUUUGGGACACAGUGGUGGGAGGCAAUGGCAACAGAGAACCUCAUCCUGAACACCCUGUGUAACAUCGGGCUGGACACCGAGGCCCUGACCCAGCUGCUGCGGCCUGCCCUGGGGGACAGAGCGGAGACGCUCAUCCAGGGCCUUGUGGACGCUACUGUGAACCGCUGGGGCGAGGAGGCCCACGGGCAGCUGGGCCUCCAGGGCGUCCACGUGUCCACAGGGCAGGAGGAGGGCCCUGCAGACAGGGGGCAGGAGGACAGCUCUGUGGCUGCCCCUGGCCCCACAGCCUCCCCACAGGGGACCGUCACAUCAAGCCCCAGACCCAACAGCAGCACCAGAAAUGCCAACAGAGAGGAGCAGCCCAGCACAUCAGAGGCUGUCCUCCGUGGGGAUCCCAGUGACACCCCUGCUGUGCACAUCCCCACGGAACACGAGGAGCCCCACAAGGAGACGGAGCAGGCAGCAGCAGCAGGUCUCUCUGCCCAGGGCAGCAGCCCCUCUGCUCCUGGCCACUCGCCUGGGAGGGCUCGGCGGCCCCGUAAGAGGAGGGCUGGCAGUGAGCUGGACCCACAGCAGCCCUGCAAGAAGCCACCUCCUCGGAAGCAUUAG